AUGCGUUUUCGCCGGAUCCUUCGAGCUUUUGCAUCCGCUGCCUGGAGAGGAAACUCUUCACGAGACUUUCGGCAGAAGGACCGAAGAUGGUUGGUUGCAGCGCUUCCAUUUUCGUUGGGCAGUGCAGGGCUGCUGCUGCACUCUUGUGGUGACGUAGUCAUGUGUGACAAAAGGCCAAAGAAAGUUGCCUUGGUGACAGGGAGUUCGUCCGGUAUCGGCAAGGCGAUUGCCGAGAGAUUGUCCGGCGAGGGCUAUCAGGUGGUGGUCAACAGCCACGCCUCUGUGCAAGAAGGAAAGGCAGUGGCGGCAUCGCUGCCGGAUGGGUUGUACAUCCAGGGAGACUGCAGUACCCGAGAAGGCUGCGAAGGAUUGGUCAAGGAGGUCGCUGAGCGGUGCGGACAGCUGGAUAUCUUGGUAUGCAAUGCUGGCGUCGGGAAAGUGAUUCCACAUGACAAACUCGAACUGAUUGAUGAUGAGUACUUGCACAAAAUCUUCGCAUUGAACUGCUUCGGACCCCUGUGGCUGAGUCGUGCAGCAAUGCCUUUCCUGAAGAAAGCUGACGAUGGAGGGAUCAUCAUGAUUGGAUCAGCUGCUGGUGGUAGACCCAUGGGCAGCAGCAUCCCAUAUAGCAUGACGAGAGCAGCCAUGAAUCAUUUGACCAAGUUGCUGGCAAAGAGCCAGGGACCGGUGCGAGUGAAUUGUGUGGCUCCAGGUUUGAUUGAAACCCGGAUCACACACGGCGGAGAAUGGGACGGGCCGCAUGCUGCAGUGAAAGCGCAUUCGCCUUUGAAGCGAGUAGGGCAACCUGUUGACCUGACUGAAGCCGUGGUAUGCUGCAUAAGGUCGAGGUACAUGACCGGCCAGACCAUUUAUGUGGACGGUGGAGCUUCACUCGUUUUCUAA